GUUGUUCGCUGGGAGUUUGUACAGUGUGAGGAGGAACAGCAGCGCGCGAGACACGCCCAGGCGAGGUACAGCACGCGCUCCGUGCGCGCGACCCGCUCACGCUACGGCCUGAGGGACGGAAAGUCUGUCUGUGUGUGUGUGUGUGUCUGUGUGUGUGUGUGUGUGUGUGUGUGUGGGGGGAUGAAGCUAGAGUUCGCUCCGUUAAACAUCCCACUGAGGAGGCGCGCGCAGACCGCCGCCGUGCUGCAGUGGGUCUUCUCCUUCCUCGCGCUCGCUCAGUGCUGCCUGGCGGCCUUCGUGCUGCUUUGCCUCAGUGAUUGGUGGAUUUUAGCUGCAUUCUAUGCUGGUUGGUUAUAUUUGGACAGGGACACGCCCACCAGUGGAGGUCGAAGGUCACACUGGGUCAGAAGUUGGACAGUUUGGAAAUACUUCAGGGAUUAUUUCCCCAUCUCGUUGGAGAAGACAGUGGAUUUGGACCCUAAGUGUAAUUACCUCUUUGGGUUUCACCCCCAUGGCGUUCUGGUGGCUGGUGCUUUUGGGAAUUUCUGUACAGAAGCGUCCCGGUUCUCCCAGCUGUUCCCAGGUCUCACCCCAUACCUGCUCAUGCUGCCCUUCUGGUUCCGUGUGCCUUUUUUCAGAGACUACAUCAUGUAUGGAGGGUUGGUGUCGAGUGAGAAGGCAAGUAUGAGUUAUCUUCUCAGUCGUCCAGGGGGCGGGGCUGCAGCAGUGGUGGCAGUGGGCGGAGCUCCAGAGAGUCUGGAGGCACGUCCCGGGGCACUGACAUUACAACUACUGCAAAGGAAAGGCUUCAUUAAACUCGCACUUAAACAUGGAGCAGGGUUGGUUCCUGUGUUCUCUUUCGGGGAAAACGAGUUGUUUGAUCAGAUGGAGAACCCUGUAGGCUCCGCCCUCCGCCGGGUUCAGGACCGCCUCCAGAGGAUUAUGGGUGUGGCUUUGCCUCUGUUUCAUGCCAGAGGAGUGUUUCAGUACAGCUUUGGCCUGUUACCCUAUAGGAAACCUAUACACACCGUGGUGGGAAGGCCGAUCCAUGUGGAGCUGAAUCCGUCUCCAACUAAACAGGACAUCGAGACUCUUCACCAGCGCUACAUGGAGGGUCUGACUGAGCUUUUUGAGGAAAACAAGGAGAAGUUUGGCAUCGAUAAAGACAAACACCUUGAAUUUAUCUGAAAGCCGUCUGUCUGUCCGUCUGCCGGGAGUUUUAACUCCCAGCCUGUGAUUGGUUAGUGAUGUGUAUGUGGUUAAAUAAAAACAGAUCACUUUUUCUGCAUUUGUGCAUUUGUUUACGUCGAGUCUUCAGGGGAAAUAAAAACUUUUUUAUUAGAAACAUCUCGAAACAUUUGAAUAGAAUGUACAAUGUAUUUCUAAAAUGAAACAUGGUGGUGAAUUGGUGUAUAUGGUGAACUCAUUAUUAAACAGAACAAACCUUUAGUGCAACGUGUUCAUCAGUCUGUCCAUGUGUGUGUGUUCAGCCCUGCUGUGUACUCGAAAAUAUCAUUUAUACACAUUUCUUCACAUCUUUUGAACUUGUUUCCAGAAUUAUUAGAUUCUGUGAAGCUGCUUUGUGACAGUGAUGGUUGUUUAAAGUACUAUAUAAUAAAACCUAAACUGAA